AUGAGGACAUCACUUGAUGAUAUCCUCAGUGAGCUUAGACAUCAGAAUGAUGCUGAAGCGGAGCGUGACGUGCUUCUUAGAAACCUACAUAGGCAGCAGGAGGAAAUGAGGAUCACCAUUAAUCAACUCCGAGAUAGUCAUGUCGACUAUGUUGAGAGGGAUGAACAUAACAUGGUUGAACACAUUGAGCAGAUGAUAGACGUGCGUAUGGAAGUAUCAGGUACGAGGGAGUAUAUGCAGCAUAUGCCCCAUCCUGCAUUUGGUAGAGGAGCUGUAAGAGUUCCUCCCAAGAAAGUUGCCCCCACAACAAAAAGAUCCACUAAAGCAAGAGAGGAAGAUACCAGCAAAGCAACAACAACAAAGCCAAAAGCCACCGAUAACCCCAAGAAAAGAAAGCAAAAAGAAACUGAGGUCAAAGCCAUUGAAUCUGAUGACGAAGACUUAUCUCCAGAUGCCUCUAAACCCACCAAACAAAGGAGGAAGAAACAACUGAAGCUUCAAGGUUCUCCUAUCCAUCCGAAAACAAAAACCAAUGCUUCAAAGAGACCUUCUUCCCUAAAAAUACCUGGGGCUGAAUCUGAGCCUAAGUUGAAGAAGACGUUAGAACAAAUGGAGAGUGAUAACUCCAGUCCUGGGGUUGAAGACCCUAAGGCUGUUGCAGGAAGUCCCCAACAUCCAACCAUCACACUGAUCGUCAUUACAAUUCUCCCUGAAAGCAGUGGGGCUCCCACUUAUCAUGCCACAACUUCCCUUGAUUUCGACAAAGGGUCUAUAGGCGAAGUAAACAAUCCUGCUACAGAAAGACAAGAAAACUCUCCACCAAAAAUCACCACCCAACAUUCCCACACUAGUGGCUCUGAACAUGAGGAUGAGCAAGAUGAAGAUGCCCCAGUGGAAAAAGAUGCAGAAAUGCAAGAUGCUAGGGAAAUUCCUGAAGACGAAUCUGAAGACGGUUCACCUGAAACUAACCAAGAUAUGGGUGAUCCUGAUAACGAAGAAGAAGAUGAUCAAUCUAUAUUUAACUUCGACAUAGAACCCCCAGAGGAUGAGGAUGAGGAUCGAAAUGAUGUUGGAGAUGAAGAAAGGAAUGUCCAAGCGGAUCAAUAA